CCGGGCCCGCCCCCUCGGGCGGGAAGGGGGAAGCGCCUAGGCUGCCUGACUGGAAUGAGGGUAGCUGCGCCGACUGCGGCGGCGGGAGCGGGGCCGGCCAUGGCGGUGUGGACGCGGGCCACCAAAGCGGGGCUGGUAGAACUGCUCCUUAGGGAGCGCUGGGUCCGGGUGGUGGCCGAGCUGAGCGGGGAGAGCCUGAGCCUGACGGGCGACGCCGCGGCGGCUGAACCAGAGCCAGCUCUAGGGCCCGCGGCGGCCGCCUUCAACGGCCUCCCGAACGGCGGCGGCGCGGGCGAUUCGCUGCCCGGGAGCCCGAGCCGCGGCCUGGGCCCCCCAAGUCCACCCGCGCCGCCGCGAGGCCCGGCGAGUGAGGCGGGCGCGUCACCGCCGGUGCGCCGAGUGCGGGUGGUGAAGCAGGAGGCGGGCGGCCUGGGCAUCAGCAUCAAGGGCGGCCGCGAGAACCGGAUGCCGAUCCUCAUCUCCAAGAUCUUCCCGGGACUGGCGGCCGACCAGAGCCGGGCGCUGCGGCUGGGCGACGCCAUCCUGUCGGUGAACGGCACCGACCUGCGCCAGGCCACCCACGACCAGGCCGUUCAGGCACUGAAGCGCGCGGGCAAGGAGGUGCUGCUGGAGGUCAAGUUCAUCCGAGAAGUAACGCCAUAUAUCAAGAAGCCAUCUUUAGUAUCAGACCUGCCAUGGGAAGGAGCAGCUCCCCAGUCACCAAGCUUCAGUGGCAGUGAGGACUCUGGUUCUCCAAAACACCAGAACAGCACCAAGGACAGGAAGGUCAUUCCUCUUAAAAUGUGCUUUGCUGCUCGAAACUUAAGUAUGCCGACCUGGAAAAACAGAUUAAUAGAGCUACAUUCUCCUGAUAGCAGGAACACGUUGAUCCUACGCUGCAAGGAUACAGCCACAGCACACUCCUGGUUCGUAGCUAUCCACACCAACAUAAUGGCUCUCCUCCCACAGGUGUUGGCCGAACUCAAUGCCAUGCUUGGUGCAACUAGUACAGCAGGAGGCAGCAAGGAAGUCAAGCACAUUGCCUGGCUGGCAGAACAGGCAAAACUAGAUGGUGGAAGACAACAAUGGAGACCCGUCCUCAUGGCUGUGACUGAAAAGGAUUUGCUGCUUUAUGACUGUAUGCCAUGGACGAGGGAUGCCUGGGCAUCACCAUGUCAUAGCUACCCGCUUGUUGCCACAAGGUUGGUACAUUCUGGCUCCGGAUGUCGAUCACCCUCCCUUGGAUCUGACCUUACAUUUGCUACCAGGACAGGCUCUCGGCAGGGCAUCGAGAUGCAUCUCUUCAGGGUGGAGACACAUCGGGAUCUGUCAACCUGGACCCGAAUACUUGUUCAGGGUUGCCAUGCUGCUGCUGAGCUGAUCAAGGAAGUCUCUCUAGGCUGCACGUUAAAUGGUCAAGAGGUAAGACUCACUGUCCACUAUGAAAGUGGGUUCACUAUCUCCAGGGAAAAUGGAGGUUCCAGCAGCAUACUGUACCGCUACCCCUUUGAAAGGCUGAAAAUGUCUGCUGAUGAUGGCAUCAGAAAUCUGUAUCUGGAUUUUGGUGGCCCUGAGGGAGAGCUGACCAUGGACCUGCACUCCUGUCCAAAGCCGAUUGUAUUUGUGUUGCACACAUUCUUGUCGGCCAAAGUCACUCGCAUGGGACUGCUUGUAUGAGCAGCAAAAAAAAAUCAGUAAAUAAAGAGCCUUGAAUGUCACAAGAAGUAUCUCCACCUCAAAAAAAAAAAAAAAAAAAAAAAAAAAAAAGCACAAAAAGAACACUCUUUCCUCUCUCCUCUGGCACAGUGCCUUGACAAGGACCUGCAAAUCACUGCUGAACUGUAACCAUGUUUAAAGAAGAGCCUGCCUUUUACAAGCUACCUUGGCCAGAAAUCCUAGGAUUGGAAUAAGCUCCAAAAUGAAGCUGUUGAUUUAUUGUCUAGUUCCUAAUGUUGUUUCUAAGUAAUUAGGUUUUUUUUCCCCUGUUAAGAAGGGUGGCUCAUUCUUUUUCUUUUUGGACAUAAUCUAACAUCUAAGAGUUUAGGGUUUUUUUCCUUCCUCUUCCAGAAGGAAUUGUUUCAGGCUUAGCCUUGAUCUCUUGCUUAGGACACCUCUCUCUUCCCAGGUGCUAGUCUGCAACAGCCUGUCACUCGAGUUAGGCUAUACAUUUUGAUCAAGUCUACUGUCCUUACUUACUCCUUCCACCCUAGGAAGUCCUUGAAUUUGUCACCAAAGGCUUCCUCAUCCAUCCUGGCUCUCCCUGCAUCUCCCCCGGCCGUUACUUCUGACCACAUCACAAGCUUUGCCCCUCAUAAAUGCUAACUGCAGGACUUAGAACUUGUGAGAUUUGAUUUGCUUUGCCUUCCACACUCCCUUUCUAGUGGUGACCAACUUGAAAAGCAAGCUGGGAACCACUGCUUUGAAAGAAAAAUUUUGCUUGUUUUAGGAUUUUCUGAUUUUAUCUUUGGUAGGAGCCAGGGGAUAAGAUUUAUUUUAAAAGAAAAUCCUCAUUUUAGCCUAAGCCAUUUUUUAUUGCUUACCAAAUGUGCCUUUAGUUAGGGUUAGUGGAGCUUUAUUAGUCACUCUUUGGAUAACUGGAUAUCACUGCCAUUCCAGGGAGAUCAGCUAUCCUAGUUUUGAGAAGUAGUCUUUGAGGUGGGUUUCCUUAGUGUGGUAUCUUUUCUAGUUGGCAGAUGUCUUUAAGGAAGAUAAAUCCUGGAGAGCCAGCUUGUUUAAAGCGUACACUUUGUCGGUGAAGCCAUCUCUUCAGCACAAACAUCACGUUCACGUCUCUUUGGGCCAUGUGAGCCCACUCUGGGGUCUUGGCCCUGGCCCUCUCACUCUGUGGCAGCAGAGUAGCAUCUAUCAGCAGCUGCUAAUUCAGUGCUGGCUCAGUGAUGCAUCCUACAAUGGGCAGGGUGACGAGACCAAGGAACAGGUCCCUGGGCUUUGCUAAGCAUCGCCAGAUGUCAUCAUUAGGACAUAUCAGCAGUAAGAGUGCUGAUUGUGUUGUACUGGAGAAUCACAGUCAGCUUCUUUUUCCUAAUUAUGAAGGAGGUAUAUAUCUGAAAACAUUUAAAAUAAUAUAUUAGCCAUAUAGAAUGUCAAGGUUAACAUAGUUCCCAGAUCUGAAAGAAAAGGUAAUAUUAACUUGGAUGUUCUGUAUGCUCUCUGAAGAAAGGUCUGGGAAUAGUCAUCAUUUACUAGAUUUAUCAGGAAUGACAUAAGAGGAUGUGAGCUCUUUGGAGCGGGGAGGAGGGCAUCAAUCCAAAGAUAAAAAAGAAAGAAAAAAACGCAAAUGGACUAUUUGCAAAACAAGAGCUAUUUGGUUUGAGGGCAAACUGACCGGUAGGUUGGACAUAUAAAAGGGCCAACUUAAUGAGAAGAGAGAAUUCCAGUUAGACACUGUCGUCUCAUUGUUUUCCCUCUGCCCAUAAUAAAUCCGUUCUUCCCCCAGCUCCAGUCCCCAAAGUGAAUUGUCUAAUCUACUUAAGACUGGAAAUCGAAAUCUAAACUAAAAUAUAUCUUUUGAAAGCUUUUUUUAUGUUUUGAAAAUUCAUAAACUUAAGUUUGGUUCCAUCUGGGAAAUGUUUGCAAGUCAGGGAAGAAAGAAAAUGUCUUGAAGAUCCGGUUAGGAUUUCUGGAAAUAGAAUUUCAACACAUAAUACCCUCAGAUGAGGGAGCUUAGAUACUCUUUGCAUUCAGAGUAGUAACCAUUUGAGAAGUUGCACAGUGCAGUCAUAGACUUGCAGCAAAGCCAUUUGGUGAGGUUUUCUGUGUUAGUGUGAAAGGCUAAGCCAUUGAGAAUAUUUCUGGGGAAACAUUCUGAGUGACCCUGCUCAUUCCUUAUAUGUAAGUGAGCAGGAGGAGUAAGGCAUUGUGUGCAUUUCUGCUCAUUUUGCUCAAGGUUUACAUGUCAUGGCACCAAAGUCCAUAGGGUUUCUAAUAUCUUCUGAGUCUUGAUGUGAAAUGAAAGUGUAUGGGGGUUUCCUUUGACCAUCACUGGCCCCAAGAGCAAGCGCCCUUAAGCCGCUUGCAUAUUGUACUUUAUCAGCUCUCCUAUCAAGAGUGACCAGGUUGUUGUUCAAUUAAGUAUGUUUGUGGGAUUUUCAAGCCACAAUGAAGUGCUUUUUAUAAAUGGGACAGUCUUGACAAAUAGGUAUUUUGUAUUAAGAUGCUAAAAUGUGGCAAAUUAUUUUCAAAUGAUAACUGAAAAUGGGCAUUUUUGUUAUUUCACAUCUUUUAAAGAACAGCUGACUUUACAUUUCUUUUUCAUUUUGAAUUAGGAAAAUUGUUAAGAAUGGGGUGCGUUACCAUGUGUAGAGUGGAAAGGAGCUGAGAGGAGUGUCUCAUUCCCACGGACACUUUCUGUGCCCUCACACACAGGGCUUAGACGUCUUCUCCACAUUCCACACAGACGCCUAUAAGCGGCCAAUUGCUGUCUGAAAAUUCUUCCUCCUUGUUCCCUAACACUUCUCCCCUCCCUCUCCCCCCCCAAAAAAAAGGAAAGGAAAGGAACGAAAGGAAAAGAAAAGGCUCAGUUACUCUUUUAGGGGAAAAGGUGAGUCAUUUCCUGAAGUCUUCAAAAAGUCUUACCUGGAAAUUAGUAUCUAAUAUUUUAUAUGAAGAAAUAUAGUGUAUGUUUAUACAGUAUUUAUUAGGUAGUUGUGACUGUAAACUCAUCUACCUAGUAGAGUUUCAGAUUAAAUAUUGGGACAUGUACAAGAAUAAAAAACAUUAAAUGUCUUUCACUUGCUUUAAAGCCAUGCUUUAGCAUUUUUUAGGCUAGGUGAAGUCUAAUAGUGCCUGUUUUUAUCAAUCUGUACUCUCACAAACUUUGUUAUUGAACAUUAUUGCAUGCAGGAGAGAUUGGAUUAUUUAUUUCUUAUAUUUUGUAAGUGGAAAAAUCUCUCUAACCAACCAGUGAUUAAAGUUGUUACUGAUUAUUUUCUUAAUUUGUCCUCCUACACAGAAUGGUAUCAAAGCUUUUUUCAGCUGAUUAAAUGCACUUAGCUAACAUACCAAAAUUUAUUCUUAAAAAAACUUAAGCUGUGUGGAAUCUGGACAAGACUAUGUUUCUCCUAGAAAAAACACAUUUCACUGUAAAUGGUUUUGAUGAACAAAAGUUUGACCACUUUUGAGGAAAAAAUAUAAAGGAUUUUUUUUUUUAUUUCAGGAGAACCUCCAGGUCUUUUUGUUUAAUUUAUAUGCAUGUGGAUAUAUUUGUAUGUUUUCAAAAACAUGGAAGAAUACCCAUAUUUUUAAUUCAGAUUAUCUCAUAAGCUGCUAUGCAAAAUCUAUUAAGAGCCCUACCUACUUAAGGAUUUAAACAUUUUUGAAGCUUUCAGGGAAGACCUGUAGACUGAAGCACUUUCUCUGCUUUUUGUAUCUUAUCUUAGACAUGCUGAAUUAUGUUCUUAUUAUUUUCACUGGUUAUAAGCUAUUGAUUGUACAUAGUAUUUCAACCAUCCAAAUAUCCAGCAUACAUUUCCAUGUUGCUGCCAUCCACUAUUGAUGCCAUUAAUGAAAUGGCUGGUUAAAAAGCCAAAGGUCAUCUUUUUCAGUCCCCAGUAAAGAAGUAAAAUGCCAGAUCUCUCUUGUCUCAAAAGCAUAUUGAGAAGUUCCCGUUGUGGUGCAGCGGAAACAAAUCUGAGUAGAAUCCAUGAGGACGUAGGUUCGAUCCCUGGUCUCACUCAGUGGGCUAAGCAUCUGGCAUUUUCGUGAGCUAUGGUGUAGACCAGCAGCUCCAGCUCCAGUUUGACCCCUAGUCUGGGAACCUCCAUAUGCUGCAGGUGUGACCCUAAAAAGACAAAAAAAAAAAAAAAAAAAAAAAAGCAUAUUGAGAUCUGCACAUCUGUGUAGGGACAAGAGACUUCUUUGGGAUUCUGCUUAAACUUUAAGUUGAAUUUGAUUAUAGUCAUAAUCAUUUGUUCUGUGUAUCUAUCAGGUAUAUUAUGUGCCAGGUGGUAUUAUAUCCUGCCUUGAGAUCGGAAGUCUCUUUCUUUUAAAUUUGAAAUCUUACUGUGGCUCUUUUCUUUUCCUCCCUUAGAUGAAAGCAGAGGAAUCUGCCAUCUUCCAGCAUUCUCUCUCUGUGUCCCUAUUUUAACCGCUUGGUAAUCUAGAAUUAUUUUGUUCCACAUACUAUCUUUAAAAACUGACAGCAGCAGUUUCCCCCUACCCCAACCUUUUUAGGCUCUAUCUUUCACUGUGCUGGGUAUAGAGACACUCAAUGUGUGAGGAUAGACAAUUCUAAAGUAACUAUGCUAUAUAUCAGGAUUAUGUGUUUUUGAGCAAUGUAGCUAUUCCUAUGGUAUACUGAUAUUAAGUGACAUUUAUUUUACACUAGUAAUAGACUACUUACGUGGCUGAUUUGAAACCCUUUCUCUACAACGCACACAUACACAUCUAGCAGAUCAGUGCUAAAUAAUUUCAAGUUAAGGUAAGGUGCAAUAAAUAGACACAUAGAACACAUCUGUUUUCUUGUCUCUUUUCGACGCUAGCUAAACUGCCAACUGGAAGAAUGGUUGUUAUGUAUUAACUUGAAAAAAUACUUUAACAAGGUUUCUUCUUUGAUAAAUUUGAUAAACUUGAGCUUAAUCUUUGGUCACCUCUUAAUUACUCUUCUUUUACACUUCAGGUGACUGAACCAAAGCAUAUUCUGGUUUUAAAAGUGAAUCUACAUUUCAUGGGAUACAUAGAUAUGCUGUUUGCAGAUGAUUGCUUGCUCUCCAAUGAACAUUUGAUUGUAUUCAACAAAAAUCGACCACAUGAACUGUCAUCCUUGAAUUGCCACAAAAUAGAUUGGUUGAAACUUGAAGGAUAUAAGCGAGAAAUACUUCAUUUUAUUGUAAGAUUAAGCAUUCUGGUAGAUUUCUGAGUCCUAUAAGUACUGAGUUUUGUAAUAGCAUUACCUCCAUGCCAUUGACAUAAAUGCAAAAGUUUUUGAGUCCCUCUUUAUCCCAGUUACAUAUACCGUCUUGGGACCUGAUUGUUUUAUUACCUCUUCCAAAGUGAUAGAAGUUUCUUAUGAAUAGACAAAAGGUCUUUGGUACCCUAGAGAAAUUUUUGAUACUGCAAACUUGGUUUAUUAUAUAUUAAUUCAUGUAUUGUUUCAUCUAAUAAGCAUUUAUUAAUGUAUAGUUCUCACAGACAUUGUGAAGCGUCCAAAAAAAAAAGUUCCUGCCCUCAAGUAGUGUAUAAUCUAUUAUUUCUCAAUCACACCAAGCCAUCUAUUUAUCAAUCAGCAGUUAAGUAAUUAACCAUCUCAUGUUUUUACCAAAGUACACCUGCAGUCUGCUCAUCUAGCAAACUGGAAAAUCUUUAAAAGGAUGCUCAGACUUUGGUCCAUGCCAGUGUGAAAGUACUCCAAGCACAUCUAAGUAGAUUGGUCUUUUAAACAUCUACCUUUUCUUUUUUCUUUCUUUCUUUCCUUUUUUUUUUUUUUUUUGGCCGUGCCCACAGCAUGUAGAAGUUCCCAGGUCAGGGAUCAAACCCAUGUCCACAGCAGUAACCAGAGCCACAGCAAUGACACUGGAUCCUUAACUCACUGAGUCACCAGGAAACUCUAUCAUGCAUCAUUUUUUAUUGCAAAAUCAGGCUUUAGUUUGGGAAGGAGAAUAGUGUAGAAUAUCCUUAGUAAGAUAAAUCGCAACAACAACAAAAAGUAAGCUCUGUAGCCCAAAGUGGAUCAAUGAGAAAGUCUUUUGACGAAAUGCUUCUUUUAACUAUAAGCAGCAAAGAUAAAUGUAUAUUUCACCUACCCCGUAUCGAUUGUGCUGACCCAUUCAUUUCCACACUUAGAGCCUUUAAACAUCCCGUUCAUUGAAAGUCCUUAUAUGUGUUAGAUGGACUGUUUCUCCAUCUGAAAGAUAAAAAUAAUGAAAAUGUAUAAAACUUAGCAAAAUUCCACUUAUUGUAGAACACUUGGGCAUUCAAACUCAGGAAAAAGGGGCACCUAAAAAAAGAAAGAGGUUGCGUGAAUUUUUCCAUAAUUUUCAUUCAGUAACAGUCCAUUUCUACCUAGCUUGCCUUCCGCUGUCAAUAGAGUCAGCCUUUCAGGCAACAUCUUUGUCAUGCCCAGAAAGGACCUGAGCUGUCAGGGAACACAAUCUCAUGGACUCCUUCUUUGUUUUGUGUCCUAGAGUUGUGCACACAAAUUAGGGCAUGCCUUCAAUGCUUAGUCUUUACUUUAAACCUGCCCUUUGACAAUCAGGUGCUAAUGACUAUGCUGUUAGAACCAGCACAAAAGUAUUGUCUUGUAAGUAUCUAUUCCUCCUGGGUUGGAAGAAAGUCUAGCUCAAUCCUAUUCAAGUGGGUGUCACAUUUUUCACCUGUGUUUUGUGAAUUAAUAGAAUAUGGAGGAGAAUAAGUGAUUUAAACCAUGUCUGGCUGAGUUCCCGUCGUGGCACAAUGGAGACGAAUCCGACUGGGAACCAUGAGGUUGUGGGUUCGAUCCCUGGCCUCGCUCAGUGGGUUAACGAUCCGGCAUCACUGUGAGCUGUGGUGUAGGUUGCAGAUGCAGUUCGGAUCUGGCGUUGCUAUGGGAGUGGCAUAGGCCGGCGGCUACAGCUCCAGUUAGACCCCUAGCCUGGGAACCUCCAUAUGCCGUGGGUGUGGCCCUAAAAAGCAAAAAAAAAAAAAAAAAAAAAAAAAAAAAAAAGCAACAACAACAACCAAGUUUGGGGUUUGGCACAAUCAUCAAUCUUGAUACUCUUAACACCUUAAAGCAAAUCUGCUCUCUCCUAAGAAGCAAUUUAUGAUUGGUUUCCGAUUGUUUUUCUCUAGUUAGGACUCCAGUGUUAUGUUUACAGUCUGUGGGAUGGAUUCAGCAUGGUAAGACCUUGGUACCCAAAGAAUCUGUUUCCCUUUUGGUACCAGACCCGAGGUCUUUUAGAAGAUAAUGUGGCAAACCACUACCUGUAAAGGCCAAUUUUGGCUAAUCGCUGCAGACUCUAAUUUUACCCCCUUGUAUGUUUUCUGUCCUAGG